UCGCUGUUAGUCGGUUUCGGAUUAUCUGUAGAGUAGCAAAUUUGUGCACUUUUCAUUGCUGGGCCUCACCUCCAUCAAUGCAAAUUGGGCAAAUUCUUUCUUUUUCACAUAUCAUCGAGUAACUAACAGAGGUACUUAUCCCCAGUUUGUGCACUGGCUGUCCGGAACACACACAGGAAAUCCUUACCACUCUUCGUUCGAUAAAUACAACCUGCACUGAAACAAAUCUGAUAGUCAAAGGACAACGAUGUGAACGCUCAACCAGGAUGCAAUUUCCUUCAUGCCUCAAUCUACGCCCUGCCAAAAACCUUGAGGAACUAGAGAAGUUGAUCAACUCUGGCGACCUGGUUGAGAGGCUUGCCGGUGCUGAGAAACCGUCACUUCAAUCGACCGUCCGGGGUAUGAUGAAGCUUCUUUUAACGAGAGAGUUGGCUCUGCGUUUUUCCUUCACUGGAAUGGAUUCCCGUCGUCAAACAACUAAAGAAAGUUUUAAAAGCCAUGCAGCAUAUGAAAUGAUUAUCGCCGCUCUCAAGCUCACGAAGCAUUUUCUUGUGAAAAGGGCUGAUGUCAACCGUGCCGUUAUGAACGCGUUGAAGAACGUCCCAGACUGGGAAGGAUUUCGUGAUCAUCGUAUUCGCAAACCAACAGCAACUCCGAAAAGUAGUGCAGCCUCAACCUCAAUCGAUAUUAAGAAUGAUGUAGAGGCCUCCGGUUACUCUGAUGAUCUUAUCGCCGAGACGCUUAAAACCAUUCGGACGUUCACACAGGAACGUAAUAUGUCACAGAGUCCUCCCGCAUCUGACGUCAUAGGAGAUGCAAUUCGUGCUCUGAAUGCUUGAGAAAAGUCUGAACUGGCAAGAGAACCAUGAGGUGUUGGAAAUGCUGCAUGUAAAUUUGAACGCAUUUUCCUUAAUUUUACGAGUUAAAUUAUUGUAUUAUUUUUAGAAUACGCAG